GUUCGCUCCCGCUAUUCAUGCCAUACUUUCAAUAACAGGAUCCAUGUGGAUGCUAGCUGCUUCGGAUAGUAUAUUGUGCACAUUUGUAACAUACAAUUUACUCCGUAAUGUAAGCAUUGACGGAUCUGAAGUGUCUACGACUCUAUUCGAGUCUACAUUGUUAGACGAUGUAGCAGAUACUUAUUAA